UCGAACGUGGAGGGCGUGGCCGCUCUGUGAAAUGUCAGGGAGGAAUGGCGCUCGGCGCGGUAUUUUGAACAAUCGCCUUUUCCUUUCCUCGCUUCACCUGGAAACGCUGCCCAGCGUUGAAAUCUCGGGCCUAACAGAGAGAUAAGACACAGCAAGCAUGGAUGUGGUGUCACCGGAGCUCAACAGUCUCCUUCCUGAUGAAAUCAUGGAUACGGAGGCCAUAGAGGAGGUCCCUCACUCCCAGCCGGAGCCCCCGCAUGACACGUCUGUCCCCAUGGAAACGGACGCUCCCGUGACAUCGGAAAGUUUGAACAUCUGCUCCAACGCCGCUCCGGCGGAGCACGUCCAGGCCGUGACCACCGCUGCGGCUGCCGACUCCGCCGCCGGGAGUCAGUCUUCCGUCACGACCUUGUUCACCAUCAAGCCCGCCUUGGCUACUUCCACAGCUGCGACCAAAACCACAGACAGCCUCACCGGGACGACGGUUUCCACGAGCGGCACGCAGAAGCUCGCGACUUCGUUCGCCAUUUCUGCCGCCAACCACCAGAUCAUCCUGAACAAGGUGGCCUCGGCUCAAGCCACGGAGGCGGCGAAAGCUGCAGCUGCGCCGGCCCAACUCAUCAAGCAAGAAGGGCAGAAACUUUUGGUCACGACGAUAGGGAAGUCGGGGCAGCCGAUAGUGGUCCAGUUGCCCCACAUGGGCAGCAAGCCCGGAGUUUCACAGACUUCUGGGGACGCGAAGUCUCCAGCGCCGCAGUUCAAAGUGGUGACUAUCGGUGGGCGAGAGCUGAAACCAGUGGUGGGGAGCACUGGCAACCAGGUGACCACGUUACAGGCCCAACAGCUGAAGACCAUGCAGAUCCCCAAGAAAACACCAGCAUCCUCAACCGCUCCAAUCAAGUUCAUAAUCACAAAGACGGUCAACAGCAAAGGCCUGAGUCCUCAGACGUCGGUGACUCCUGUUAUCGCAGGGCGCGUGGUGACACAAACGUCUCCGGUGAUGUCGCCGAAAACCAUCACGCUGUCCGAGCCCCACAACACUACGAUCCAGAGCAUUCCUGGCAAAAAGAUCGCCAUCUCGCCUCUGAAGACUCCCAGCAAGGUAACCGUGGUGUCUGUGGCUUCCCCGCCGUCCAACACCAGCCAGAAGUCGGUAGCUCUGCCCGUCAAUGUCGCACUUGGCCAGCAAAUUCUUGCAGUCCAGCAGUCGGCGCCUGCAUCUCCGGUCAAGGUGGCCACCAGCCAGACGACGGCGCAGAACAUUAAGCCUGUCCAGUCCGUCGCCGUGGGAGGAGUGGGCAGCCCCCAGUUCAAGACCAUUAUCCCUCUGGCCACCCAGCCGAACGUGCAGCAGAUUCAGGUGCCGGGGAGCAGGUUUCACUACGUCCGCCUCGUCACGGCGACCACGGCCAGCGCGGUGGGCCAGCCCAGCACUCCCAACACCAGCUCAGUGCCCACGGGUAAACCUAUCGUGGUGAACACCGGAGCGGUCAGGAUGUCGGUCCCAGUCGUCCAACAGACAAUGAAACAAGUGGCGCCUAAGCCGUUGACAUCUGCACCACAAGUGGUCACUGCCACUCAGGCGCAGCAGCGGCUCAUCAUGCCCGCCACCCCUCUGCCCCAGAUCCAGCCCAACUUCACCAACCUGCCCCCAGGGACCGUCCUCACAUCUGCCCCCGGUGGCAGCAACGUGGGUUACGCCGUUGUUCCAGCACAAUACGUCACACAGCUCCAGCAGUCACAGUUUGUGACGCUCGCCAGCAGCUCUAGUUUUCCUGCGUCCAGCAGCAUCCAAACUCAGGCCAAACUCCCUUAUAAUGGCGUGUCGGCAGCAGAGACGACCUCAAGACCCAGAAAACCAUGCAACUGCACCAAGUCACAGUGCCUCAAGCUGUACUGUGACUGCUUUGCAAACGGAGAGUUUUGUAAUAACUGUAACUGUAACAACUGCUUCAACAACCUGGAGCACGAAACGGAACGACUCAAAGCCAUUAAGACCUGCUUGGACAGAAACCCAGAGGCCUUCAAACCUAAAAUUGGCAAAGGCAAAGAGGGCGAGUCGGACCGCCGGCACAGCAAAGGCUGCAACUGCAAGCGGUCGGGCUGCCUGAAGAACUACUGCGAGUGCUAUGAGGCAAAGAUCAUGUGCUCGUCCAUCUGCAAGUGUAUCGGUUGCAAAAACUUUGAGGAGAGCCCGGAGAGGAAGACGCUCAUGCACCUUGCUGACGCGGCAGAAGUGAGGGUCCAGCAGCAGACGGCAGCCAAGACCAAACUGUCCUCACAGAUCUCAGACCUGCUGAUGAGGACGACUCCCAUUAUAUCAAGUGGAGGCGGGAGGCUGCCGUACACGUUCGUAACGAAAGAAGUGCUGGAAGCGACGUGCGAGUGUUUACUAGAGCAGGCCAAACGGGCCGAACAGACUCGUCAGCCUCAGGCGGAGGCGGAGAGGGCGAUCCUGGAGGAGUUCGGACACUGCCUCAUGAGCAUAAUCAGCUCUGCCGGGAAAGCUAAAACAGACUGCGCCUCCAUCAACUGCUAGGCCAAACUCUUCUGGCUCUCUGUCCGCAAACUCUUGGGCAAGGAAGAGCCGGACCAUCUGGCUGCCCUCCGGAAACGCUGAAAGCGGAGAGAUCCUCCAGACUGCUGGAGUUAAGCUGCAUUAAUAGACUUGAGCUGGAAAACAAAAGGACAGAGCACACUGCCUCCGAAACAUGAACUUCAGCCCGAUUUCUUGCCCUCUAAGGGCUCUCCGGAUCUCCUCUCCUCUCUGUUUUUGUUUUGUACACUCUAUUCUUUUGCCAUCCUGACAUUUUCCAAGAACUGUUUUAUGUCAACAGUUUAUCUUUGUUCAUCAGUAGACGAACUAUCUUUUUUAUAUUUAUUUUAACAAAUCUUUGUAAUCAAGUGUGAGUGUUAAUAUGCAAGGUUUAGAGCUCUGCAGUCUGUCGAUUAUUAACUGAGGCUAGGCUAAGCUAUUCCAGCAGCAGAAAGUGGAGAUUUUCUACAGGUGUACAGAGAGAUAAAAGGAGAGAGAGAGAGAGAGAGAGAGAGAGAGAGAGAGAGCCCUCCUCGUAGCAGCUGAACACACUCAGACUGAUAGAGUUCCACAUUUUCCCCAGGUGCUCUUUUGUGCUUUAUUAAACGCAUACUGCACAUGAACUCACAGCUGACUUGAGAAAACAUUAGAUCCAUGUCAUAUUGACAAAUUACUGGGAUGUACACCAGCUGUUUUCGUCCGACUACAACUUUAGUUUUAACCCUCCCGCGGUCGUAAAAGAGUAAAUUAACACCCUUCGCGUGGUCCGGCGGGCUCGCACUAAUGUGUGCGGUGCGUGGUUUCGGGAAGUGACGGUCUUCUUGCAUCAACUCGGAAGCCCGGCUGUGACGUCGGCUGCAAACGACACAUCGCUGGCUUUGCUCGCACGCUGACGCAAGCUUUAAAAAGCGCGACGGCCGCGGGGAGGUUAAAAGCAACAGGCCCUCACUGCUCAGAAACCCAGAAUUCAAACAGAACUUUGCAACAAUAGAACCACACUAAAAAUACGGUCAGUAGGUUAAAUACGUCAUACUGGACGUUCACAGCCAAGAUGACUUUUGUUCCGGUUUUUGAAAUGAACUUUCCAGGUUUACUUGCUGCAUUUGUUCAAAAAAAAUAAUGUAUAAACCCAUGCCACCUUCCACAAACAGUCUAAUUUAGGGACGCACCAAUAUGAAAAUUUUGACCAAUACCAAUAUUGAUAUUAAGCUUGGUGUUAUGGUUAAUUAACCAAUAUUUAUCGUUGUUUACUUCAGCUAUGCAGCCCUCAAUCCUGCCCUGUAUUCCCAUUCCUCUUCUUUUACAGAAUAUGUCACAAUAAUUUCUAGACAUUAUUUACAUAUUUGAUACGGUUCAUAUUUGAUUAUAUCUGGACUGUUAUAACACUUCAUGACUCAAUAACUUUUUCUCUGGGACUAUUUCAAUUUCUAUCAUCAGUACAACCCCUCCUCAAUUAGUAGCUCCUCUUUUUUUUGUAUUGCUUUGCAAAGUAGCUUGUUUGUGCAUUGCUUCAACUCCUCUCUCAUUCCAUUCCAUAUACGCUCCACAAAUUGAUACACAUACUCCUCCUUGCAGUAUGAACAGUGUUAUCUUUUUGUUAAUUAAGUUGACCUCUUAAAUUGUACCUCCUCUUCUCCGUCACUAAACAUUUGUUGAAUGUUUCCAGGAAGUAAACCGAUUCUGUGUUAUACCCCGAACUUCCACUCGACCAAAAUGAGGGUGUUUUUCUUGAGGUCAUGUUGAGUUUUUGCCUUUUCAGGUGUGGUAAUAUCAGAGAUGAUAUGAAACAAGAGGAGCCUUGUGAUUAAGUAUGUGAUGCGUUUUGCCCAAAAUUGAAAUUGUCUUUGCUAGUUUUAGCAAAGACAAUUUGCUAAAACUUACUUCAUUUUGAAUUUCCAGCAGAUUUUAUGAGCCGGUGUCACACGGAGAUGUUUAAUUUCAAAUGCUUUCACCCGCUUCAAUAUGAUCAAUUUAUUUUUUUUACUAUUGUAUGUGCAGAAAUAUUGCGGCUUUAAAAUUACACAUGCUGAGGUCUCGUGUCGCCCUGGGUGGUUGCCCAUGUCAGAAAUCGCCAGUUGUUGAAUUUUUGUCUGCGUUUGAAACACUUCAAUGGAUUAUAACUAUUUUUAUUCCAUUUUUACAAAAAUGGCCCCUAAAUCAGGUUCAUAUGCAGUCACCAUUGUAUUUAGUUAACAGGGUGCAACACACUCUUCCCCACCAGGUAAGAAUGUUUGCACGUGUCAACGUGAAAAGAAGCUAGUUUGCUGAAUAUUUGAUUUUCCAAUGCCACCACUUGAUGGCAGUGUUCUGCCAGUAGCAGACCAACAGUACGGACGACUACGUCACCGCGCAGCUCACAAUGAUACGUUGAUGAUAUCCAUUAAAUUACUCUUGGGAUGCGAGCCUUUUUUUUUCGAUGAAUUAUCAUAACUCAUGAAAAUACUUUGCUAACAAAAAAAGAAACGGAACACGAGCAUGACGCGUCUCGGCACAUUCCAGCCGCUACGUGGCGGUAGCGGCAGAAAGUGAGUAAAUUAGAGCUGCAGGUGGGUGGCAACACCUUGGUUGUCGCUGCUGACAACCAUUAAUCCACAGUAGAAGAAGAGGAAGGCGGAAAAGGACGGCUUGGACAACGUGCAGCGGCAGCGUGUUGGAGGAGUCCGAGAGUUUGUCUUUCUACCUGGGUAUUAAAACGUUUAGUUGCCAUUUCUUCGCUUAUUAUGUGUAUUUUAAGCACGUUUGUAAUAUGUUGAUCAAGAGGAGCUGAUUUUCCAUUCUUACAGAGUUGGCCUGGUUUGCAGAAUACAGAGUUGGAGAUGAGUCACUGGACAUCUGGGUGGUGUUGACAAAAAUGGACCACUUUGUCUUUUGUUUUUCUUUGUAAUUUAGCAAAUAAAAUUUGAAGUAGA